UUCAGGUCAGUAGUUUGUGUUGUUUGUUUCGCUGUGUGUUCGCUGGUGCUKUUUUCGCUCUCUUUUUGCCUUUAUUUAUCACGCUGGCCUUCGUACUCACGGUUAUUUAGCUGCAAGCAAAGCAUGUCGCAGGAUUCAGUGAAUUCUCUGGAGCUGAUGUCUCAGGAGACAUAUGACGUCUUACAAUCGCUGCUCGACAAUGACAAACCAACAGAGUAUGCCUCUAGGUUUCGCAUGCAGCCAUAUGGUGUACACCUAACAGAUGAUAACAAUCAAGACAAUGUACAGAUAAAUAUCGAAAGGUUGUUUUCAUUUCCAAGAGUAUCAAGUAUAAAAUCUGAGAUUGAUUUUGGUGACAGUCCUCCUGAUUUUAGUAACAUGGUACCCAAUGAAUCACCACAAAAAGCAGUUGAAAACCAGCACCAACAGUUGAGACCAAUGCCCACCGCUGAAGUCACUCAAGAAGCUAUGUCAUCCCAUCACUGCAUUGUACCACCAAAUACAGAUUUUCCAGGUCCUUAUAAUUUCCACAUUGGCUUCCAGGAAGAGAAGGGACAGCCAGUCAAAUCAGCUCCAUGGACUUAUUCAACACAACUCGAAAAGCUCUUUGUGAAAAUGAGAAGCCUGGUUCCCAUAAGAUUCAUUUUUAGUGGUCGUCCACCUCCUGGUUCAUAUAUAAAGUGUGUUGUAGUUUACAAACAACCAGAGUUCUUCAAAGACGUUGUAGAGAGAUGUAUGAAUCACAUGACAAAAUUCAAUGAYGGGCACUGUGCGCCUAAGCAUCUCUUGAGGUGUGAAUGCAAUAAUGCUAAGUAYGAAACUUGUCCGUACACUGGACGACACAYRGUCACUAUACCAGUCAGAGAUUUUGAAGCUGGUAGUUUCUACUUCACUGAGAUGAUUCAAUAUAUGUGCUUUAACUCAUGUCCUGGUGGACUCAACAGAAGACUUAUUAACACAAUUUUCAGCCUUGAAAACAAUGGCCAAGUUCUUGGAAGAAAAGUCCUAGAUUCCAGGAUCUGUGCRUGUCCAGGAAGGGACAGAGGGAAUGAAGAAACUGGCGAAAAUAAAAAAAUCUCAAAGUCUUCAACUAGUGCACCACAGCCACAGCCACAGCCUCAGCCACAACCUCAAUCUGAAGUUGUGUCAUCUUGUCAAGAAACUCCACCACCGACACCUGUUGAAGAUCAUGCUACGCAAGCAUGCACCAGCUCUGAGGCUGAGCCAUUAAUAGAGGUCCCUCGUCCACCAUUGAAAAGAAGUGGAACUAAAAUAGCUGAAGGCUUUCAAUUGCACACAUUGUCGGCUUCUAAAAGAAUAAAGAGAGAAGAAGAGGAAGAGUUUACAAUAUCAGUUCGUGGAAGAGAGAAAUAUGAACUGCUGCUCAAGAUCAAAGAAGGGUUAGACAUGAUGGAUAUUGUUCCGCAGUCUUUCCUGGAUUCAUACAGAGCUGGCUGUCCACCUUGUGGACCAAACUGGUUCAUUGAAGAACAGAAUGCGAAUAAGGAAUCUUCAUCCAAUAAUAAUCAAAAUGCAGACUCAGAUGGUACACCACCAUCGACAUUCCCACUAUCACAGCUUUCCCGUACUUCUUCAAACAUUUCAAGCCGAAGCAACCCUGACACUGAGUACUCAACAGUGAGGUUUACUCUUAAACGAACUGUCUCCUUGGAACGGAARGGAUUGAAAUAAAGAGGAGGAAAAGAGGAGGAAAUAGUGAGAAAGGGRAUAAAGAACCAAUCCAAUCAAGGAUCACCAUCUUUUUUUCACAAAAAAACUGGCAGUUGGYGUCAAAGCACUUUAAGCCGYGGCUACAUGAGCAAUUUUUCACUUGCGCAGGYGAYRCGAUUUUCU